AUGGACUGCUGCCAACUCGAAGAAAAUGUGCCCGGCGUCAAGAGAGAAAACGCAAGUGGUCACGACCCAGAAAAUGGUUCUCCCGAUGCCGACAGAGGAGCUGGUCAAAGUAACGGAGAUUCGGCAAAUCAACAUCUUGGAAACCCUGAUCAAUCUCCUUCUACAGAAAGAGAUGAUAGUCAGACAUCCGCUGGUGAUUCUCAAGAUGGUCAUCAAAAUGAUAAGUUGUCUAAGCUUCAACAGGAAUCACAGCGAACAGCAACGAGAAAUACUAAUUUAGCUUUGAAGAUGUUAACACGAUCAAAAAGAAAGUUCCCACAUGAAGACGACACCUCAUCUGGAGAAGAAAACGAUAUUGACGAAUCAGGCCAACUAUCGAGAAAUCAUGUUUCGAGUCCAGCAUCAUCAAAUAAUUCUUUACAUGCUAGCGACCAAGUUUUAAAACCUUCAAGUCCCAAUGAUCAUAGCUUGGAAACUUCUGAAACUCCAGAUGUUACACCUGGAACAUCAGUGAAAGAUUUAGAACAAGCAAUGUCAAAGCACCUACCGAGUGCAUCUUUAAAUAAGCCCGACUCCACUGCUGCACAUCAACCAACAGAUUUUAGCGCAGAUACACUUUUAAAACAGCAACAACAAAAGUCAACAAUACAGUGGAUUGGUGCACAUCAUUUAGGUCAUUUAAACCCACAACAAACAAAUACACCAUCUUUACCUGCUUCGGCACUUUUACGUCAACUAUACGCUAAUCGAGAAAGUGUCAUUCGUGCAAACGUUCAUGGCAUUACUUCAAGUUCCGGUAGAACAUCUUCUACAUCGGUUUAUUACUCAGGAGAAGUUAAUCAAGGUCCACUUCCUACACCUCCUAGUUCGGAAGGAUCGUCAGCAUAUGGUGAACAUCAGUUUGUACUUGGUCACAGUCAAAAACCACCAUCGAUAUCAGAAACAUUCAAUGGUUUAGUAUCGUCAUAUUCUAUAGGUGGUAGUUAUGGUGUUGAAUUUCACUCAACAAUGACGCCACCAUCGUCAGUAUCCCCCAGAGAUAAACAACAACCACAACAACAGUCGCAACAACAACAGCAAAAAAACAAACAAGAACAACAUGGACAACAGCAACAAAAACAGCCAAAAGACCAAAUACCACCCCCCCAGCAGCAACAACCAGAACAACCGCAGCAACAACAGCAACAAGAACAGCAACACCACAUUUCGAGUGUCAUUUCCUAUGAAACUUCCGUUUAUAAUGACACAGUGCCACGACAUCAAUAUGAACCUGCACAACCUCUUCCUCUCAAGCCUCAAGUCUAUGCUGCCAGUAUUCAUCCAAGUGCAUUGGAUGCAGCUGCAGUAUAUACUUCCGCCAGUCUUAGUGAACACGCACAAUUUUACCAUCAUCCAGCUACCGGUCCCGGCUUCCAUUUAUAUCACUCUAACAAUAAAAAUAAUCCUAAUAGCUGGUACAGUUCAGCAACCUAG